UAUGAGAAGAGAAUUAAUGGCUAAAACUGCACAAUUAUCAGAUUUUGAUGAAACAUUAUACCAUGUUGGAACUGGUAAGGAUGUUGAAUUAGACGAUCAAAAAUAUUUAAUUGCUACUUCAGAACAACCAUUAACUGCACUUCAUGCUGGAGAAUGGAUUCUUCCAAAACAAUUACCAAUUAGAUAUAUGGGAUUCUCUACUAACUUUAGAAAAGAGGCUGGAGCUCAUGGAAAAGAUACUUGGGGUAUCUUUAGAGUUCAUCAAUUUGAAAAGAUUGAACAAUUUUGUAUGACACUUCCUGAUAAAUCUUGGGAAAUGCAUGAAGAAAUGAUUAAAAAUUCACGUGAUUUCUUUGAAUCACUUAAGAUUCCUUACAGAGUCGUUAAUAUUGUCUCAGGAGCUCUUAAUAAUGCUGCUGCUAAGAAAUAUGAUCUUGAAGGAUAUUUCCCAGGAUUUAAUGAAUACAGAGAACUUGUCUCAUGCAGUAAUUGUACUGACUAUCAAAGCAGAGAGCUUGAAGUAAGAUUACAAACUGACAAGAAAGACAAAACUAAAAGUUAUGUCCAUAUGCUUAAUUCUACUUUAUGUGCUACUGAAAGAGCUCUUUGUUGUAUCUUAGAAAACUAUCAAUGUGAAGAUGGUAUUAUUGUUCCAGAAGUCCUUAGACCUUAUGUUGGUGGUGUUGAAAAGAUUCCAUUUAUUGCUCCAAAACCAGUUUGGGCUAAAGAAGAAAAGAAAUCAACUAAAAAGAACUAAAUAAAAAAUUCUCCUUUUUUU